AUGCCCGUGCCGACCAUCUUCUACCUCCUGGAAAACGGCUUCCCCCCCAUCAUCCGCGACAAUGCUCGGCCCAUCUUGCUCACCAUUGGCACCAUUGCCUUCCUCGUCCUGCUGAAGCUCUACACCGCCGGCCGGACGAAUACCGCUGAACGCAACCUUCAUGGCAGGGUCAUCAUGAUCACGGGCGGAACGAGCGGCAUAGGGGCCCAGGUGACGAAAGAACUGGCGGCUCGCGGCGCUCAGCUCGUCCUCCUGACGCAGGUCCCGGCCUCGGAUCCGUUCCUCGUCGAGUUCAUACAAGACAUUCGGGAUAACACGGGCAACCAUUUGAUCUACGCGGAGCAGGUCGACCUCUCCAGCCUGUACAGCAUCAGGAAGUUCGCUACGAAAUGGGUCGACAAUGCCCCGCCUCGGAGACUGGAUACGAUCGUGCUGUGCGCAUCGACCGUGACGCCGCCAGGAGGGAAGAGAACCGUCACUGAAGACGGCAUUGAAGAGAUGUGGAUGGUCAACUACCUGGCCAACUUCCACCUGCUCAGCAUUCUAAGCCCGGCCCUCAAGGCACAGCCCUUUGACAGGGACGUGCGCGUGAUCAUUGCGACAUGCUCCUCGUACAUUGGCUCUCCCUCUCUGAAGGACGGGCUCGGAAACGUUGAAAAGGGCUGGUCUGCCGGCUCUGCUUACGCACGCAGCAAGCUCGCCCUCAACGUGUUUGGCUCCUAUUUCCAGAAGCAUCUUGACUCGUACAAGCGUCCCGAUCAGCUGCCCAUGAACACCCGUGUCAUCUUUGUCGAUCCGGGCCUCAGCCGAACACCGGGCACCCGGCGAUGGCUGACUCGGGGCUCCCUCUUGGGUCUGGCGCUCUACCUGAUCUUCUACGCCAUCCCGUGGUUCCUGCUGAAAUCGCCCCAAAAAGGCGCCCAGUCGAUUCUCCACGCCAUAAUGGAUGAGAAUCUCGGACGCGGCACCGGCGGCAAGCUCAUCAAGGAGUGCAUGCAGGUGGACUUUGCGCGGAGGGAGAUUACAGACGACGAGGUCGCCAAGAAGCUGUGGGAGGAAAGCGACGCCCUGAUUGAGAAGACGGAGAAGGCCGCUGCGAAGAAGAGGGCGCUUAAGAAGGCCCAGGAGGAAAAGCUGGCCGAGGAGCAGAAGGAGAAGGAAAAGGUAGAGGAGGUGGAGAGCUUGGUGGCUGCGAUCAAGAAGGGGAAAGAGAAGCAGAAGGAGAAGGAAAAGCAACAAAAGGGAAAUGGCAAGGGCGGCAAGAAGGGGAAAUGA